CACCAGUAAAGAAGAAGAAGGCAGAAUCAGAAGAUGAAUGGAUGGAAGAAGAAUCGGAAGAAGAGGUCAAACCUAAGGGCAAAGGUCGUGGCGGCAAUUCUGCCAAAACUGUAAAUGCAAAAAGGGCUGGAAAGAAAUCAAAAUAUGCUGAAUCCAGUGAGGAAGAGGAGGAAGAAGAAAGUGAGGAAUCUGAGGAAGAAGUCAAACCAAAGAAAGGCAGACAGAGGAGGCAGUCCUCAGAGGAUGAACAUACCAAACCAAAGAAACGGAAAAAAGGCAGGGGAAGAAAACAGUCUGACGACGAACAGUCCACCAGCUGGAGGGGAAGGCCAUCACGGUCCGCAGCAUGUAAAAGAGGCAGCUAUGUUGAUGAUUUUGUGGCCCCUGAUGACAUGUCCGAGGAAGAAGAAGAUGAGGACUCAGACAAAGAUCAGGACAGUGAUUUCCACCUGGACAGUCUGGAGGACUCAGGCAGUGACUGGGAAAUGUCACAGAAAACUAAAAAACAGAAACCAAUGAGGCAAGGCACUAGGAAGUCAGCGCGACAAGGAAGAAGAAAACGGUAUACGUCAGAUUUCUCUGAUGAGGAUGAUGAGGAAUAUGUUCCACGCCCCACCAAGAGGAGGGCCAGCAUGUCGGCCAGUAAAAAAUUCAAAUCCUACCGACGGGAUGAGGACAGUGAAGAGGAAUCAGAAGAGGAGAGACCUUCCAAAAAAUCUCCCAAAAAAGGUCGAGGAAGACCAGCUAAAGGAAGAAGGCGGAAAGAUGAGUCUGAAUCAGAAGAGGAGGAAGAAUCGGAGGAAGAAGAAAUCAAGAAGAGGGGAAGGAAGAAGAAGAAGUCAAGUUCAGAGGAGGAAGAGGACUCAGAAGAGGAGGAGAAACCCAAGAAGAAGAAAUCUAAGGACCAGAGUGAGAGUGAGGAGUCAGAGAAAGACACGUCCAGUAAAAAACAGAAAAAAGACACCAAGGAAGGCGGGAAAAAGAAACGCAGACCUUGUCAGUUUGGGAAGAAAUGCUACAGGAAAAAUCCUAUACAUUUCAAGGACUACUGCCAUCCUGGUGAUGAGAGUUUUGAAGCAAGUGACGAGGAUAAACCGGAAUGUCAGUAUGGCACGGACUGUUACAGGACAAAUCCUGAACACUUGAGAGAGUUUAAACAUACGAUGAAUCUAUCCCUGCCAUCAGCAAAGAAAGCUAAGAGAAGUGUGUUAUCCAAGGACCAGGACGAUGAUGAUGGACAGCCAAACACUUACGAUUACAAUGACAGUUUUAUUGAUGAUGACAAUGGUUCCGAGUCAUCAGGAUCAUAUGAGGAUCCUGGGAACAGUGAUUCAGACUAUGAUCCCGAGGACUCCCAAACUGUGAAAAACCUCCAGAAAGAGGCCAGAAAAUUCAUCAAAAAUAAGAAAAUGCAGCGCAAAUAAACUGUGAAGUGUCAUUGUCUAUGGAUGGAUCAUCACAUUACUUAUCAUUCUUUUAUUUUUAAAUCUCAGCUGAGGAAAAAGGCACUAAAGAGCUAUUCUGAGAAAAAGAUCCAGUCUGUUUUCUGUAUAUUUUUAACAUGUUAAACUUUUCUCUAAGUGAACUAGUGAAAAUUGUCACAAAGCAUCCUUGAGUGAAAUUGAUUUAAAUUCAUUCAGAUGAACAGCCACUCUCUUAUUUUGGAAGAAAUAAUGGAAUAUUCAAAAUUCUCCUUUUCUAGAACUUUUGUAAGAAAAAUCAUGUAAUAUCAAAAGCAGUACAACAAUAAGUUGUAGAUAUUAAGCUUCCCAGCGUAAUGUAGUUUUGUUGACAUUCAGAAGAACCUGAUUGUGACAUUAGGGCUCAAUAUUCUGUAAAUGGAGCUGAAAUCAUGGACCUUAAUUUGAUGACCACAAAUGGCUUCCUCUUGAUAAGAUAAUUGAGACUCAUGUGAGCUUUGUGGCCCAGGAGUCUCAUAUUAAUUUUAUGUCUUAUGUGAAGAUAAACUUUUAAAAAUAACUGACCAUUAUAAUGAUACUGUAACCAUUUCAGCUGACAAUUACAUGUAAAAUAAAAUAAUACCUAAUGAUUUAUAAAACGAGGGUCUAAAGGGUUCUUUACUCUCGUGUAAAAUUUCCCAAAUUUUGAUCUCACAAUGCCAUUUUUCUGACAGUGUGUAUUUAGCUCAUUUCAAUUUUUUAAGACUGUUUAAGCCCCAUUUGACUUUGAAGUCUUUUGUCCAUAUGAUAAUGUUUUUGGUACCACCAUCAUCUACUUGAUUAUAUGUGUUCAUCUGAUCAUUUUAGGAAUUCUGAGUGUAACAGCAAGUUUAUAUCAUUGUAGAACAGAUAUAUGUACAAAGUACGUAUUUACACAAUUUAACGUAGUUUUAAAGUGAUUUGUCAGCUUGAUUUGGUGAAAAAUUUGUUUCAGACAAAAAAAAUGUUUGUGUAUAUUCUCCAUACAAAAUCUUGAAAAUCAAGAAAAAUUUUAAUUUUUCUUAUGUCCUGUAAUUUUUAUGGUUGUUUUUCCAUUGUUUCACAAAAGGCUUUUAGAAGUAUAGUCUUUGUAGCAGUUGUUUUAUAUUAAGUAUUGAAGUUGGAUUGAAUGAUUAUGUUUGAGUUUAUAAUUGUCAAGGGUAUAAAAGUUUUUAAAUAUAAUGGACCUCUUUUCAAAUUUUGUUUAAAAACAGAAAAUUGUUGGUUUUGGGCUAUCUUUAAAAAAUUGUUUGAUUGCCCUCUCCCUACCCACUGGCUAAAAUUGGCGGGACUCAAAUUUUUUUUUAACCUCCAGGAAGCUAUAAUUGUUUUUUAUAUGUACUCUGGAAAAUAUAAUCUAAAAAUUUAACAUUGAAACUAAAAUUUCUGAGAACAAAAAAUUCUGACCUAUCUACCGACCCAAUAUUUUUAGACCACGUCGAGAGAGAGCAAACAAACAUUUUUUCUAAAGUUGGCCUACUUAGCGUUUUUUUUUUUUUAUUCUACGCAGAAUAAUAUUGAAAAAUCCUAUUCUGACAGUGUACUAUUUUUUUUUUAAGUAUAAAAUGUAAAGCUUAGGAUUUCUCUGUAUUUUUUACCUAUACACUUGAUUGAUAAUUUCAUGUUUUUAAGUCAAGUUAUGAAAGCUUUUGUCUUUUUUAUUUAGUUUUGGUGUAUACUCCAAGCGUUCCAUUAACAUUUAUGUCAGUCAUUUUCAUAUCCAGCAUUGCAUGUAUGCAUAGUAUAACUUUGUUAAACUAAUGAAGGCUGUGUUAAAUAUCCAUAUUGAAGAUAAUGGAAUUCUUGAUUAAAGAUUGUAUCCGAUACAAUAAAGCGCAUUGAAGUGGUAAAAUUACAAUUUGA